AUGCGCACGCAGGUGGUAUGCACCGUCGGCGCCAGCGAGGGGCUGGAGCCUUCGGCCCCGAAGCGCAUCGACGGCGAGGGCACCAUCGCGCUCGUCGAGGCCGCGGCGGCCGCGGGCGUGCAGCAGUUCCUGCUGGUCUCGUCCAUCGGCACCGGCAAGCUCGGCUUCCCGGCCGGCGUCCUGAACCUGUUCUGGGGCGUGUUGACCUGGAAGCGCAAGGCGGAGGAGGCCCUGGAGCGCAGCGGCAUGAGCUACACCAUCGUGCGGCCCGGCGGCAUGGAGCGUCCGACAGACACGUACAAGCGCACGCACGGCCUGGUGCUCAAGCCGCGCGACACCACUUUUGGGGGCCAAGUCAGCCGCCUGCAGGUGGCGGAGCUGGUGGCGGCGGCCCUGGCCACCCCGGGCAUCGCCGAAAACAAGUGCCUCGAGGUCGUGGCCGAGGAGGGCGUGGUCGUGACUGAUCUGGAGGAGCUCCUCGAGUCCAUACCCUCGGAGAUCACGAAGGAGGCCCAGGAGGAGGCGCAGGAGGCGGUGGCCGCCGCGCGCGGCGAGUUGGAGGAGGCACUCGAUGCCGUCGAGUCCGCGUCUGAGGCGCUGGAGUCCGCCGCCGCGCGGGCCGCCGCCGCCGAGGCCGCGCUUGCUGAGGCGCGCGGCGACGAGAAGGAGGCGCGGGCCGAGGCCGCGGCGGUGCUCAAGGAGGGCAAGGGGGCGCAGCAGGCGCUGGCGGCGGCUGAGGGGAAGCUGGAGAAGGCGCCCUGCGCAGACGCACCCGCAGCCUCCGGUUCCCUGCCCACAGCCGCAGCCGCAGGGGGGCCCUGA